GUGAUGCUGUUUUUCGACAUUCAACUGAAAUCGCAUAUAAUCUUCUCGAACAAACUAGUAGUUCCCAAAAUUUUCAUCUUAUCAUGCAGGGAUUGCAGAAACUGAGCAUUGGCAAUUGGAGGAUUCAUGUGAUCAGAUCGCUUUUCAUAAUUUUUACACCCUCGGUACGCUUUAUAUAGGCAAUUCAUGAUGGAAAACCAAACAUGCUAAGAUAGUUGCAUACUCGCAUGCUAUGCGGUCGUCUCUGAUACAUCGUGUGAAGAACAGUGGCAUCUCAUCAGAAUGUACUGAAAUUCAUUAAAUUCAAAAAAUCCAAAGAGAUGAAGAGUCACUUAAUAUGAAGCUACGGUUUUUCUUUUCUUACUAAAAACACGACAUGCCCCCAGCCUAUUUGCUAAAGCCUAAAACUAAUCAUAUCGGCGACGACAUUGAAGCUAAGAACUUUACCUUAAAUUCAUCUAUUGAACAUUUUUAUCAUUCAUCAAUAAAAAAAAUUUAUUAGAUCUUUCGUUAUUUUUUUCUUGUAAUAUAUAAUCUGGGUCAAAUUGAUUUUCAGUUAAAAGUGGGGCCCCCGCGUGUUUCCCUAACGAACUCUCAGAUCCCACGGGACCUCCCUCCUUCCCUCUUCACGUAGUGCUGUAAGCCUGUAACCAACCGGCUAGAGCAAUCACCCCACAGAACCAAAGCAAAAUCCGUGAAAGGAACAAAAGUCGGUCCAUAGAUCGAUGGAUUUAUCGAUCCAAUAGUUCACUUCCAAGAGAGGAAGAGAUUCACUUGCAAGAGAGGAAGAGAUCGAAAAUGGCUUCGAGAGACAGAGACAGAGAUCGGGAACUAUUGAUUCCGGUGGCUUCGAUCUCCGACAACGGAUGCUCCAAAUCUUCCUCUGCGUCAUCCACUCCCCUGGCUGUCACCGCUCCUCCCCAUCACCACUCGGGCCGUGAGGCAAUCUCUAAGGUCGUCCGUAGCUGGGCGUCUAAGAAGUUUAUGACUGGAUGUGUCAUUCUCCUUCCAUUAGCGAUAACAUUCUAUGUCACGUGGGGUUUCAUACAUUUUGUGGAUGGUUUCUUUUCCCCGAUUUAUGAUCACCUCGGGAUCAACAUAUUUGGUCUUGGGUUUGUCACCUCCAUCACAUUUAUCUUCAUAGUCGGAGUUUUCAUGUCCUCGUGGUUAGGUGCUUCCGUUCUCACGCUUGGGGAGUGGUUCAUUAAGAAAAUGCCCCUUGUGAGUUACAUCUACUCUGCCUCGAAGCAAAUAAGUGCGGCAAUAUCUCCAGAUCAGACUUCGAAUGCCUUCAAGGAAGUAGCCAUCAUAAGGCAUCCUCGAGUUGGGGAAUACGCGUUUGGUUUCAUCACGUCUACAGUCAUUCUCCAAAGGAGCUCAGGCGAGGAGGAACUGUGCUGCGUCUAUGUUCCCUCUAACCACCUGUACAUCGGAGAUAUCUUCCUGAUUAAUACAACUGAUAUCAUAAGGCCGAAUCUAUCGGUUCGGGAAGGGAUAGAGAUCGUCAUUUCUGGAGGCAUGUCGAUCCCGCAAAUAUUGACCACAAUCGACACUCAAGUCAUCCCGUCAUCAAGACUCAGCAAUUUGGCAUCCCUGAAAGUUUAAACACUUUAAGUUAUCUGAUGGGCGGAUAAAGUUUCCAGUAAAAAAUAAACUCUGCUAGCCUAAGGCUGCCUUGUAUGGCGAUCGUCAUCGAGGUUCAUCAUCUCAAAGAAGAAUCUUGCAAGGCAUUGAGAUCGGAAGUGAGAGGAGAAGUUACAAUAUAUGCACGUUCUUUUUCUUGAUUUAACUGCCGUUUGAGAACAGAGAGGAGUUGAGUGGAGGAGAAGAGAAGAUCUAAGCCAAAGGAGAUUAUUAAUUGGCGAGCGACAAGCACAAGAAAAAACAGAAUGUAAUUCUCGUAUCGAAAUGAAAAAGACUUGUCUUUCCCAUUGGGUUA